AUGUGCUUUCGCGACGGUCCUCGAUCGCGUUCUUUGGGACUUUGCAAAAGUGCCGACGACUUUGAUGGUUCCAUGUUUAAAGUUGGCGCAACUGCUGCAAAACAUGUCAGCAGAGAAUUGCAUCGGCCGAGGAAUGUGUGCUGUCCUUCACGACUCGUCCAACUUGCAAGGCCCAAAUUACAGGUUCUUGUCGUCUCGCCGAAGAGUUCAAAUCUUGCUUGA